AUGUCAUUUCGACCAAUAACCUCCCGAUCUGCCAUCACAACACCAAACAUGAUUCUCACAAACAAACCCAAUGAACAACAACUCAUCACCCUUCCUAAAAUCAAUAUCAUGACCUACAAUGUCAACUUUGGAGGUGUUUCAUGGGACGGAGUGGCAAAUCUCGGAGGCCAACGAGCUUUACAAGCCAUUCAUGAACACUCUCACGAGUUGGACAUUGUAUGCUUGCAAGAAACACAUCAAGGCUGGGAAUAUGCCUUGAAUCAUUUCAAACCCACUGUAUCAUCAUCAUCAAUAACAACCACUUCCGUUACCACACCCUCCUCACUCCGAUCCGCCUUUCCUCAUCAAUACUGGGAUCAUACCAAAACCAAUCAUUAUUUAGCGAGUGGAAGUGCUGUCCUCGCGAGUCGCCAUUUCGACCUUAACGUUCAAAUGCUUGAGAGUCGAGUGCAAGGCUCAUUUUUUGAUGCCAUGCAUAUCGUCGUUAAGGAUUUGAGACGACGAGAUUUCUCUUCUUCAACAUUGCAACAUGAAGAGAUUGGAAUUUCAGAAAUGGAAUCAAAUUUGGAAGAACAUGAGGAUUUCAUGAUGGAGGACGACGACUCCACAGCCACCACAAGCACUGCUGCAUCCUCUCCCAUUUUACAAAUUCUGAAUUUACAUUUGAGGCCGCCUUUAUCGUUUGACAGUAGCAACUUUCUCGACAAUGCAGCUGCGUAUUUGUGGAAAACGACAUCGGUGCGGAGAGAUGAAGUGAAAAGUUAUGUGGAACAAGCUCUCCAAAAGCAUCCCAAUGUUCCAUUGAUUUUAUUGGGUGAUUUCAAUGAGAAGAGUAGUGUGGGUGUGUUGUCUUCGAAAGACUCUUUUGCUAAAUAUUUAAAUGAGUUGGAAUAUAUUGAUGCCUUACAAGAUGCCACGACGUGGUAUUGGCCAUUGAAAGGUUCUUUCAGUUUGUGGGGUUCCUAUGAUCAUGUGUUUUAUAGGAAACAAGAGUGGAAGGUUGAAAAGCAACACAUUUUGCAGGAAUACAAAGAGUGUGCAUCGGAUCAUUUGCCUUGUAUUGUUACUUUAAGGAAAGUAAAUCAUUGA